GGGGUUGGGUUCACUCUCUGUGGCUUCACUGCUGCAUAGUAGUGUGAUAUUUUACAUUCCCACGAUCAGCUGAGCGGCUUCAAUAAGUGUAGGAUUUUAUUGCACAAGCAAUGGGGACUGUGCACGCACGGAGUAUGGAUUCUUACCCCAUGAAUGGGCGAGACCUGGGCGUCAACCCAGAUGAUUUGGAAGUGAUGGAGACGGUGCAAGAAACUAAACAAGAGGUUUUAGAAAACAAAGAUGUUGUUGUACAACAUGUCAACAUUGAAGGCAUGGGCAGAACUAAAGAGGAUUACUUGGGCUAUGAAAUCUCUGAUGUCUUCACUGCCAGGAACCUGGUCGAAGUGAUGAGAAAAUCCCACGAGGCCAGACAGAGGUUGCUCCGUCUAGGCAUUUUCAAAGAAGUGGAGGUAGUGAUUGAUGUUUCAGAAGGAGCAGAGGCGCUGCCAAAUGGACUUGAUGUUACAUUUGAGGUGACUGAGCUUAAACGACUUACUGGCAGUUAUAAUACCUUGGUUGGAAACAAUGAAGGCAGUAUGGUCUUGGGCAUUAAGCUUCCAAACAUGCUUGGCCGAGGAGAGAAGCUCACCUUUCAGUUUUCUUAUGGAACUAAGGAGACGUCAUAUGGCCUUUCCUUCUUCAAACCACAGUCGGGAUACUAUGAACGAAACUUAACUCUAAACCUGUACAAAGUCACUGGACAGUUCCCAUGGAGCUCUCUAAAAGAGACGGACCGGGGAGUUUCUACAGAGCUUAAUUUCCCUCUGUGGAUGACGGAUCACACUCUGAAAUGGGAGGGCGUGUGGCGUGAACUGGGAUGUCUGGCCCGCAGCGCCUCCUUUGCUGUGAGAGAGGAGAGUGGCCACACUCUUAAAUCCGCCCUUUCUCACACCAUGGUAAUAGACACCAGGAACUCUGCCAUCUUGCCCCGAAGAGGUGCCUUACUGCGGAUUAACCAGGAGCUGGCAGGAUACACCGGCGGAGACGCCAGCUUUCUCAAAGAGGACGUUGAGCUACAGCUUAACAAACAAUUUAUCUGGGGAUCAGUGUUAUCUGGAUCUUUAUGGGGAGGGAUGAUCUAUCCUCUUGGGGGUCAGCCUACCUCCAUUGCUGACAGGUUCUAUCUGGGCGGCCCAACCAGUGUGAGAGGUUUCGGCAUGUACAGUAUAGGCCCUCAAAGUGAAGGUGAUUAUCUGGGUGGGGAAGCAUAUUGGGCUGGUGGGCUUCAUCUCUACACACCCCUCCCCUUCCGCUCAAACAAGGGUGGCCUGGCUGACCUCUUCAGAACACACUUCUUCCUUAAUGCUGGAAACCUUUGCAACCUCAACUACGGAGAGGGACCAUACGCACAUCUGCAGAAGCUAGCAGAGUGUAUCCGCUGGUCAUACGGUGCGGGAAUAAUUCUACGACUGGGAAGCAUUGCUAGGCUUGAACUAAAUUACUGCUUUCCAAUGAGUGUUCAAAGUGGAGACAGGAUAUGUGACGGUGUGCAGUUUGGAGCUGGCAUCCGUUUCCUGUGAUCUCCCAAACUGAAAGCAGGGGUUUACGGGAUAGCGAUUUUUGGAUUUUGAACUGAGGGAUCCCUCCUGCAUGCAGUCUCUGAGAAUGCACUUCGUUUUUGUACCUGUAAGACAAAAAAUACUUGGUUUUCCUGCAUACCUCUCACUGUUUGAAUAAGAGUCCAGGAUUUAGUGAAUCAAAAAAUGAAACCUUUUCUAGGUGCUAAAAUAGUUAGGCUAUUACAAUUGUUUCCAAUGAGGAGAGCUUUAGAGAUUCAAGCUGUUAAAGCAUAGAUUUAAUUCAAAUGCACACCACGCUAAUAUGUGCUUUGUUUUAAGCAGUCCUUGCUACGCCAACGAAACACUGAAUUAUAGGAAUGAAGAAUUUAUUAUUUAAUGAUGCAUUUAUGCUCUAGCCAUUUGACUUAAACAAAGCACAUUUUCUCAGUCAGUUGUCUCCUCUAAUGCCAAACUAGAUAAAUGAAUUGAUUUAAACUUACCUCAAUAAAUGAGCAGGGAGUUGAGUUUCUUCCAGCCAUAGAUCCCCUUUGUGAGAUCCACCAGCAGUGCUUUAUUAUUAGGACACUUUUUAUUAUUGUCUGAAUGUCUGACCUUUAAAGUUAUCUUUUUAGUGCACAAAAAAUAAACAUUUUGGUUCCCU